GUCCCGAGUUCCCAGAGCCACCGCCGCCGCUACCGUUCUACUUCCGGCCCUAGCUCCGCCCCCACACGCCAGCCGGCCAUCGCAAUGCAUUGUGGGCCACCGUUUCAGUCGUUCGACGCUUACCGGACAGGAAGCGUCUCGGAGACUGUCUGCGACCGGACAGUUCUAGGUGAGACAGAAGGCAAAGAGGAGGAGGAAGUGGAGGGACUGAGCUCUGAAAAUACUUCAACCAUGACUAAAAGAGAAGCAGAAGAGUUGAUAGAAAUUGAGAUUGAUGGAACUGAGAAAGCGGAGUGCACAGAAGAAAGCAUUGUAGAACAAACUUACACCCCAGCUGAAUGUGUAAGCCAGGCCAUAGACAUCAAUGAACCAAUUGGCAAUUUAAAAAAACUACUAGAACCAAGACUGCAGUGUUCUUUGGAUGCUCAUGAAAUUUGCCUGCAAGAUAUCCAGCUGGAUCCAGAAAGAAGUUUAUUUGACCAAGGAGUAAAGACAGAUGGAACUGUACAGCUUAGUGUACAGGUAAUUUCUUACCAAGGAAUUGAGCCGAAGCUAAACAUCCUUGAAAUUGUGAAAACUGCGGAAACUGUUGAAGUAGUUAUUGAUCCAGAUGCUCAUCAUGCUGAAGCAGAAGCACAUCUUGUGGAAGAAGCUCAAGUGAUAACUCUUGAUGGCACAAAACACAUCACAACCAUUUCAGACGAAACUUCAGAGCAAGUGACAAGAUGGGCUGCCGCACUGGAAGGUUAUAGGAAAGAACAAGAACGCCUCGGGAUACCCUAUGAUCCUAUCCAGUGGUCCACAGACCAAGUCCUGCACUGGGUGGUUUGGGUAAUGAAGGAGUUCAGCAUGACUGAUAUAGACCUCACCACACUCAACAUUUCGGGAAGAGAAUUAUGUAGUCUCAACCAAGAAGAUUUUUUUCAACGAGUGCCUCGGGGAGAAAUUCUCUGGAGUCAUCUGGAACUUCUUCGAAAAUAUGUGUUGGCAAGCCAAGAACAACAGAUGAAUGAAAUAGUUACAAUCGAUCAACCUGUGCAAAUUAUUCCAGCAUCGGUGCAGUCUGCUACACCAACUACCAUCAAAGUUAUAAAUAGUAGUGCAAAAGCAGCUAAAGUACAAAGAGCUCCAAGGAUUUCAGGAGAAGAUAGAAGCUCUCCUGGGAACAGAACAGGAAACAAUGGUCAAAUCCAACUAUGGCAGUUUUUGUUAGAACUUCUUACUGACAAGGAUGCUCGAGACUGUAUUUCUUGGGUUGGUGAUGAAGGCGAGUUUAAGCUAAAUCAGCCUGAACUGGUUGCACAAAAAUGGGGACAACGCAAAAAUAAGCCUACAAUGAACUAUGAGAAGCUCAGUCGUGCUUUAAGGUAUUAUUACGAUGGGGACAUGAUUUGUAAGGUUCAAGGCAAGAGAUUUGUGUACAAGUUUGUCUGUGACUUGAAGACUCUUAUUGGAUACAGUGCUGCAGAACUCAACCGCUUGGUCACAGAAUGUGAACAGAAGAAACUUGCAAAGAUGCAGCUGCAUGGAAUUGCCCAGCCCGUCACGGCAGUAGCCCUGGCCACUGCUUCUCUGCAAACUGAAAAGGAUAAUUGAAGCUCAGGAGCUUCUGAGAAUCUAAGGUCUUUCUUAAACAUUAGAGCAAGCAUUGCUCUUACCUUUGUUACUGAAUUUGAAUCUUCUUUUAUUUCUAAACUGUACAAUCUGAUGCAUGAUUUUUUUAUAGAUAUUUCAUACUCUUGUGAACUUGGAUCUUUUUACUUUGAGCAUAUAUUUUAGCAUAUGUGUAUGUUAAAGGAUCAGCACAGUGUCUGCACUGUGAAAGCAGCUUCACUGUGGGAUAGUUUGUUAAACAGUCAGGAAAGCUAAACUGGUCAGUAUUAAUGUCUAGACCUACCAAAAACAGCCAUUAGCAUCUGAAGAUGAAAAAUAAAUGAAGUAUCCCAGGAAACAGUCUGGUUUAACUAUUUUUAAACUGUAACUGUUUCCCCUCUCUGCUACUUUAGAUGUUGCUUUACAUAGAACCAGAAAAUGGAAUUUCUCAGCUAAAGCAUGUGUGCCUGUUGCAUCUAAUCAAGCAGAGCUAAAAUGUCAUAUCAAAUACAGUUAUAAUAUUAAUAAACUACUAAACUAAGUAUCAGGUUAUUAAAGUAAUUUAUAUAUUUGCAAGUAAAGGACAAUAAGAAGUUGACUAACAAAGGAGCAGUGCUAAAGAAGGAGAUCCAGGUUUAAAUCUGGCUUAACUCAAGCCCAUGUUAAGGGUUGUCUGCAUAGAUUAUUCAUUAUGUCAGGCCAAGGACUUAAAUUAUUUUGAGAGAGGCAUUUAAUUCUAAUAAACCAGGUAUUACAAAAAUUCUAAAAUGAUCUCUGUUUUUCCUGUCAGAGAUUUAAAAAUUUUUGAAAAAAGUUUACCUCAGCUAUAAAAUAAAAGUUGUUUGGUUUGGUAUGACUUCCUUUUAUUCUUUAACUAGUCUGUAGUAUCUGUUUAUUGUGCAGAACAACUUAUAUAUUCCCAUGGACCUGAUGAGAUGAAGACUAAAUCAGACAGCAAUACUUUACCUUUCAAGAUGUUAGUAAAUUACUUCCAAAUAAUUAUAAAAGGAAAAACUUGACCUCCAUUUUAAGCAGUCUGCUCUUUAAAACAAAACUUCCCACUUUUCCUUUUGAAUAUUAUAUAUGAUGUAUAUACAAAUGUAUACAUGUCCGAUUGACCACUUUACACAUACACAUUAUGUGUGAAGACAUAGAUAUUCAAAAGGGUAUUAAUUUAUUUUUAAAAAUCUUUAAAAUUAAGUAAUUCUUAUAUAAAAUUCCUUACUAUGAGCUAACACUAAACAAAGAUAGUUACAAGGUAUGUCUUGUCUUUUCUCUUUUUGUUGUUUGUUUCAAGGCAUUAUACAUGAAUCAUGAUAUGAGAGACUGGCAAAUAGCUUUUCUAGCAGAAGGUUGUUCCUCAAAUACUAUAUACAUCUUCUCCCUCAUCAUUUCCUUUAAAUUCAUUCCCCAGAACAGCUUUAUAAGAGCUCAGCUUUCCAAGAGCUUAGUUAAUGCUGUUGACUAUUAGGAGGAAAGAACCAUAGUGGUACAGGCCAGGUGGCACUACCAAUAUUAGGAUCUGGAGUGAGUCCGAGGAGGGCAGGGAUCCUAAGGACAAGGAAGAAGGCUCUCUGGUCUCUCUUUCUGGUAAUUGAAGUCAUAAUUUUAAAUGCUGGGCUAAAGGACUAUAAGCAUGUAUUGUUCAUUUUUACUGUAUUAAAUUCUUUAAUCUGCUAUAAAUACUUAACAAGAAUAACGUUUAUAUCUUUCAUUUUUACUUUUUUAUAAACAGACAGUAGACUGACAGAUUACUAAUACAGUUUGGACACUGAUUUUAAGAAUAUCUGAGUAGAAUAACAAUAUGAAAUAAUAUAUUUUAGAAGUCCUAAUUUCAGAUAAGAAAUAUAGGUAUCUAUAAAUAAGGUUUUGCACCAUCUUCUGACAGCCUGAGGAGUUGACUUAAAAUUUCUGGUUUAUCAGGCACUCAAGUAUCUUGCCUUUUAGAUUGAAAAUACUUAUAUGUUAAAAGUUUUAGCCAAGAAGACAGACUUUGUCUUCUACAUGUGUAUAUGUUUUUAAGGCAGGAAGACCCACGUUUCUUUUGAGUUUCUAAAAAUCAAACUUUUUUUUUCUCUUAAGCAUUCCCCAGAUUUUUUUAAAACUACAUUUUAUCCGUUUUCUUCCUUGAAUAUUUUAAAUUUUAUUCUCCAUAAUUUGAACAAACAGUUCUCAUACAUGAUCAGAUGCUAUUUCAUUUUUCUUCAUCUCUUUCACCAUCAUUUUAUGCACUAUAACACAGGUAAUGUGACUAAUUUCUCCAAUUGAUUCAAAAAGAUUUCAUUAGUUUGUCUCACCUUUAAAUAUUUGUUCUUAAUGAGGAUAGUUUGCUAGGUAGUCUUUUCUUUUAUUGAAAAAUAACCUGUGUUAUGAAAGAAAAUAUAAUUCAUACUGUUCAUUUGCUGUGUUGUGAAUUUUUCAUAAGACAAUGUAGGAUAUAUUUAAAGGAAUACAAAGUUAUUGAUCUUUUUGUACCUUAGAGGACAAGAACUAUGAAAUACCCACUUUUGUUUUACAACGUUUUUUCCAUCUGAAUUUUGCAUUGAGCCAACUUUCAUAUGUUAUCUUGCUAGCCUGAAGUCUGAAAAUUUAUGUUGGGAUUGGAAAAAUCAAACAAAUUAGGCAGAAUUGUAAUAUAUGGUUCAUCUUCAUAUGAGCCAACUAAAUCACAUUGAUUUUAGUAUCAAUCCAUGUCAGUUAAUAAGGAAAAAAUGUUUAGUUGUUUUCUCCCCAGAUUAAUGGUAAUACUCAAAUACAGUAUUUCUUUUAAAGGGUUGUGCCUCCAAAUACUUUUGUUGAGGUUGUCUGUUUUCUGCAUUCAUUAUUUUAUGCUACUGCCUUUUAUAAAGAACUAGUAUAUCUUUGAUAUAGCACAAAAAUGUUUUAAAAUUCAUGAUUGCAAAACAAACCUCUGACUUUAUGUCUUCAGAUCUAAAGGGUAUAAAAUAUUAAUACUUCAAUGUUUCACUUAUUGCCAGAAAAAACAUUCUCAAUCUUUUGUAAAAGGGAGGAGGAUUUUUGCAUACAUUUUUACUCUUUAAAUAAAGACACUUAUACUAUCACAAAAA